AUGAGCGACCAUGCACCACAAUCCGUCCCAGAAAUGAACACAGUCUGCAUUGUCUGCCUCGAGGAUCUGUUUGAUGAAGAAGGAAUUGCAAAGAAUGGAGAGGUUGCCGGCAUUCCAUGCUUGCAUUUGGUCCACAGUGAAUGCCUUCGUAGGUCGGGCGAAGCAUUAAACGCAGAUGGAAAGCGUUAUGGUAUUGGGGGUUUGGGUAGUCCGCGGGCUGGAUGUCCAAUCUGCAGUCAGGAGGUUACAUUUUGGCCCACCUACAACGAAGCAGCGGCAUUUCCCACCUUUUGGAUGAGCCGCAUCCAAGACGUCUUGGAAGAAACCGGCCCUGCCCGCGGGCCCAUACCCGUCAAGGCCAUCCGAGCAAAGCUCAAGGCUGACGAUCGUCUCACCACAGAACAGAAGAAGUAUCUAAGCACAAAGUACAAGGAAGACAAUUCCAGCUGCCGAAUUGGAUUCUAUGGAGCGCUACAGAAGGCCGGUGCGAAAAUCUUUUAUUGGAAGGUUGUCAAUGGAGGACCAGACAAUGGUGGCUACACAACCAGUGCCUGGAAGGAUAAUGUUUGGCACUGGAAUGAAGAAGAGGGAACUCUAUGGGACAUCAAAUGGGGUGACCCUGCCCGGAGACCUGCAGCGAGGAUUCAUAAAAUUUGGAAAUUCAUGCGCAGGAUUCGUUUGGGCGCCUUGGAAUGGACGGCGCUGGUGCUUGUAGUUGCCAUUGUGGCUUCCGUUUGGUUUGAUAGUGGUGAGGAAAUCACAAAGUCAUAG